UACGGAAACAGCCGCUAAAUAACUGAUUACGUUUCUCAUUUUGUUAUCCGACCGAAAUCCCAUCAAACAAAGUUAUUUAUUCUUUACUACAUGCCUCAUAAAAAGUCUAUUCAACUGAAAUCUCGAUAGAACUGACCAUCGAAGUGUUGAGUUUAUCAGAAUGGCCUUUAUUGAUGGGGAAGAAAUCGCUAUUGCUCUAAUUGGAGGGAUAGUAGUGUUCACAACUUUAGUUAUAAUCCUGAUUUGUUUCCUUUGCUACCGACAGAGAAACAGAAAUAUAAUAAAUAACAGCGAGGUAGCCCAGACUAAGACUAACUACACCGACCCUAGUGACGCUAUCACCACCAAACGGAGUUCUACCUAUGCCACGCCUUACGAUCAGUGGAAAUCUCAAAACGGGUUCCUAGCCGUCCGCCAUAUUUCACAGAAGAAAAGCCCCGGAUAUUAUAAUGUAGAUGUACAAGAUGGACUUUGUGAGCGAGUACGUCCGCCAAAAAAAGCCAAAAAGGGCUCACAUCGAGAAUAUUUUAACGUUCAGGUAAAGGCGACUAAGAAGAAUCAGAAAGAUUCACAAAAGGAAUAUUGGGACGUUCAUGUUAAGAACGAUUCGAUAGAACCGGAAACACCCGGAAAUGGGCCAGGAAAUGCACAGAAUGACGGACUUCCGGUUCGACAGGAAAGCCGGCGUAAAGACCUACCAACACCUUACUCCUGUAUAGAACUCGAUUGAAAAGACCUAAUUUUAAGAGAAAUAUAUUGAUAAGUAUUUAUUGAGUGAAGAAAAACGAGAGUAAUCGUGAAUCCCUCAUUUUCAUAUGUGACAGUGACUUACUUUGAGUUUUGUUUUUGUUUUUUAUAUAAAAUCCGACUUU